AUGGCGACCACCAAAGGGGGUUGGUGCCUGUGCGAGUUAUUGAGAUUUUUUUAUUCAUUAUUCCUCCCUGGGCUGACAGUCUGUGGAACUUUAUGUGUAUGUCUGUUCAUUAUCCUCUGGGGAAUCAGACUGCUGCUACAGAGAAAGAAAGCGUCAGUAUCAACUAGCAAAAAUGAGAAAAAGCAAAUGGUGGUUGCAUUUUUUCAUCCAUACUGCAAUGCUGGUGGAGGAGGAGAAAGAGUUUUGUGGUGUGCCUUAAGAGCCCUGCAGAAAAAGUAUCCUGAAGCAGUUUAUGUCGUUUAUACUGGAGAUGUUAAUGUCAGUGGUCAGCAGAUACUAGAAGGUGCUUUCCGAAGAUUUAACAUCAGACUCACUCACCCAGUGAAGUUUGUUUUCUUAAGGAAACGCUACCUUGUGGAAGAUUCACUCUAUCCUCACUUCACAUUGCUGGGCCAAAGUCUAGGGUCCAUUCUUCUUGGCUGGGAAGCUCUAAUGCAGUGUGUUCCCGACGUCUACAUCGAUUCAAUGGGAUACGCGUUUACACUUCCUCUGUUUAAGUAUUUAGGCGGUUGUCGCAUCGGAAGCUAUGUUCAUUAUCCCACCAUCAGCACAGACAUGCUCUCUGUAGUGAAGAAUCAAAAUGUUGGAUUUAACAAUGCAGCCUUCAUUACCAGGAAUCCUUUGCUCAGCAAAGUAAAGCUCAUCUAUUAUUAUUUAUUUGCUUUUGUUUAUGGACUUGUUGGUUCUUGCAGUGAUGUAGUGAUGGUCAAUUCUUCUUGGACACUAAGUCACAUUCUCUCCCUGUGGAAAGUUGGGAAUUGCACUAACAUUGUUUAUCCACCUUGUGAUGUGCAGACAUUUCUGGAAAUUCCCUUACGUGACAAAAAGACAACCCCCGGCCAUUUACUGGUUUCCAUUGGCCAGUUCCGGCCUGAAAAGAAUCAUCCUUUGCAGAUCAAAGCCUUUGCUAAAUUGCUGAAUAAGAAGGUGGCUGAGUCACUGCCUUCAUUGAAACUUGUCCUCAUUGGAGGUUGUCGAAACCAAGAUGAUGAGCUGAGGGUAAACCAACUGAGAAGGCUUUCUGAGGAUCUAGGAAUUCAAGAAGAUGUGGAAUUUAAAAUGAACAUCCCAUUUGAUGAGUUAAAGAAUUACUUGUCUGAAGCAACAAUUGGUCUGCAUACCAUGUGGAACGAGCAUUUUGGGAUUGGAGUUGUUGAGUGUAUGGCAGCUGGCACGGUUAUCCUUGCCCACAAUUCCGGGGGCCCGAAGCUUGACAUUGUCGUGCCUCACCACGGAGGGAGAACUGGGUUUCUGGCUGAAAGCGAAGAUGGCUACGCUGAGACCAUGGCUCAUAUUCUUUCCAUGUCUGAGGAAGAGAGACUCCAAAUCCGAAGCAGUGCUCGGGCAUCUGUAAGCAGAUUCUCUGAUCAGGAGUUUGAACUGGCAUUCCUGUCCUCUGUGGAGAACUUAUUUAAAUAAUGCCAUAUCUGUCCAGAUUAAAGCUAUUUUACAUAAAACGGCUACACACCUUCAUAUGUUAGUAUCUUUCUAACUGUUUUCUGUAUGGUAAUAAAGUCAGCCUAAGCAGUGCUCUCUGCAGUAUGUAUAUAGACAGGAUAUUUAUUUCAAUGAAAAUGAAAAAAAGGCAAAAUUACCUAACUGGUUUAAAUGAAAAACUUUUAGAUUAGUAUUCUGUCCCAAAUUCUGAAAAAUACGGAUCUGACAGAAAAAAAACGAACAGUCUUAAUGUGGGUAUAAUCCUGUUUUUCAGAUCCUAUUUGUCAAAUCACUGUACUUGAGAACCCAGGAAAGAGAAUUUCCCUUUAGAAAAUAGGAAAUGUUGAAUGGAAAAUGGAAGACUGACAAUUAGUUGAUUAGUCUUUUAAAAUGGUUCUAACAUCUUGGGAACAGAGAAAAAUUCUGGUACAUUUAAAUUCUAAAUGCCACUGUGGAUGACCUUCUUGAAUAUAUCUGACGACCUUCUUAAAAGAGAAAAGACACUUGAAGCAGGCGUCAUCACGUUCUAAGAGCACGUGAAAAGACAGAUGGACCAUGGCUGCCCCGCGG